UGCAAGCCUGGCUUGACAUGUAUGAUCCUCCUACUCACGUAUACCCUCUCUGUCGUUAAUGGCUAGGUAUAUCAAUCAUAGUGUUUACAUACACAAAGGGGACUUCAAGCUUCCUCCCGGGUUUAUUUCUCCUCCAUCACCAGCCCAUCCCUCUACACGAUCACAGCCUUCUCUUCAAGAAGCUUAUUGGACAUCCAUAGCCGUGGUAGAUCUCCGCAAGAUUCCGUGUAGCCACGUACGUACCUAUCCCGUGCUGUGCCUUCCCGUCCGUCGCUCCCACUCGCCCGUCUCUCCCUCCCAAGGCUUACGGACCGCCGGAGAUCUACUUACCUACCUGUUCCCAUGGCCACGAAACAAAACCAAAAAUCUGUUUGUUUGCACAGCUCUGUAUAAAAUCCCCACCACCGUGGCAUGUAUGCAUGUACCUAUGUAAAUGGCCCCUCGCCGCGCCCAUACCUACAUAUAUCCACCCUCGACACCUUAAUAAACCCACCAAAUAUGCCGAACUCUCCUCUCCGCUACCACCACGUCCUGUUCUCAACCGACGGGAGCAUAACUCCGCUGAUCGCCACCUCACUUCUGCCCAACAGCCUGACUAUCCUCCCGCCUGCCGACCCGGGCAGCAUCGUGGCGCUGCAGGAGUACGCCGUCCUGCCGUGUCCGCCGCCGCCGCCGCCCCCGCCGUCUCCGAGCUCGCUGUGUACUGCCGCCUCCCGGGAAGCGGUAAGGGAGGAUGAAGAUGAUCUGGAGCUGAAUCCGCCGUGGUUGGAGAAGGAGGAGAAGAGGGACGAGGAAAAGGAAGAGGAGGAGGAGAGGGAGAAGGGGGUGAAGGGGGAGUGCGUAUAUUUCCAGCGAAGGGAGGGGUGUAAACGCGGUGAUGCAUGCAGAUUUGGUCACCGGGCUGACAGCGGCGAGGAAAGGGAACAAAGGCUGGAGGUGUGGAGGGGGAGGGCACAGGGGAGUAAUAUUGUGAGUUCUUGGUCCCACAAAAGAGUGGAUAUGAGGACGCUGAUACGCUCACAGCAAACUUAUGGCUCCUUCUCCACCACGGAGAGGAAAGUACUAGUGGCGUGCCCUACCCCCGGAAGGAUCGUGGAUCCUACAGACCCAAGGAAGUUGCUAAAGACGCAUUGUACCUUCUUCCUGCGGUUUGGCGAAUGCGACUACUGGCCAAAGUGUAAGUUUUCACAUGAUCAGCCCGAGAGUGAUGGGCCGGUGCAUAGGGUUCGCCGGGGUGGCAGUUACAGCAGCUGGGGAAAGCUCGGUGAGAGGAUGGUGGAUAGGCUUGGUGUGGCUGAACUCAGGGGGAAGGAGAUCGAGAAGGAGGAGGUCGGGAGAAAGGACGAGAAGGAGAAGCAGGCUAUGGGACUUCAAAGGUCGAGCAGAGAACCCGCGGAAACGCGGAAGAACGAACAGCUGAUUACGUUGCUGGACUAAAGGACGGAUGCGCUGGUGGUGGUAGCCGCGGUGAGGA